AUGGAUAAGUUUCAGACAGUGCUGGACCAGUACCUCAAACACCACAGCGCUCUGAGUUAUGGCUUGGUGACCUUGCUGACUGCGGGCGGGGAGCGUAUCUUCUCCACGGUGGUGUUCGCGUGCCCCUGCAGCACCACCUGGAACCUCCCCUACGGCCUGGUCUUCCUGCUGGUGCCGGCGCUCGCACUCUUCCUCCUGGGUUAUAUGCUGAGCGCGCGCACGUGGCGCCUGCUCACGGGUUGCUGCGCUCGGGGCGGCAGCAGGGGCUGCGGUACCCGGCUGCGCGGGGCCCUGGUGUUCUCGCACCUGAGCGCCGCCGCCGCGCUCGCGCCGCUCACCUGGGUGGCCGUGGCGCUGCUUGGGGGCGCCUUCUAUGAGUGCGCGGCCAGCGGGAGCGCGUUCUUCGCGCGGCGCCUGUGCAACAAUACCUCGGAGUGCAUGAAAACGCUGCACCAAGUGCCCUGCAACCCAGGCAAGAAGACCGACAUGCAGGACCUUCUUAAAGUGCUCAAGGCUCAGUCGCAGGUGUUGGGAUGGAUCCUGAUAGCAAUUGUUAUUAUCAUCCUACUGGUUUCCACAGCUAUCACCCGAUGUAUGUCUCCAGUUAGUUUUAUGCAGUUGAAAUUCUGGAAAAUCUAUUUGGACCAGGAACAGCAGAUCUUUAAAACUCAAGCCACCCAGCAUGCAACUGAAUUGGCAAAAGAGAACGUUAGGUGUUUCUUUGAGGGCGCACAGCCGAAGGAAUACAACACCCCAAGCAUUAAAGACUGGCAGCAGAUUUCAUCACUAUAUGUCUUCAACCCAAAGGGCCAGUACUACAGCAUGUUGCACAAAUACGUUAAUAGACAAGAGAAGAACCAAAGUAUCAGAUCUUUGGAAGGAGAUGCUGUGAUUCCUGUUCUUGGUUUUGUAGAUUCACCUGGUAUAAACACUACUGCUGAGCUAUGA